GUUUGUUGUUAUUCAUAUGUCAUUGAUCCGAUCGUUCGUGCCGCUGCAAACUGCGGUGUUUUCUUGUGUCCUGUAAGAGGUGGUACCCGCGCCAUCAAGCUCAUCAACAUGAACGGCGAGCUGAUCAAUCAGCAGGGCGAUGAGGAGGACAUCCAUUAUCUCAUCCCGCCGAAACUCAGUAUGAGUCACAAGAUGAAGCUGGUGUGGAUGGUAGCGUCAAUCAUCGCCUGCCUUAGUAUCUCUCUCAAUGAGGAGCUUACAGGUUUGACCGUCAAGUUUCCCAUGGUGUCUAUUCUGAUCAUGGUGAUAAUCACGCUUUUGUUUAUGAAGGGUAUAACAGAGAACUCUUGGCCAUGGGUGCUCCCAUGGAUCUUUGCCUCCUUUUACCAGUGUUAUACUGUGCAGUACACAGAUGUGCAAAAUAUGUUCCAUCUCUUGGUUUAUAUGAAGGUGGUGCGCGGUAUGUGGGUGGUAUGGAUGUUCUAUGUCAUUGCGUUGGUCCUGCGUGUGCAGCUUACCAUCAAAAUCGCUGGGCUGGCGUUUAAUCAAUGGUACAACGUCAGGUUGAUCAAGGAGCUGCUCACUGAUUAGAAAACAAGCGAAUGAUGGAGAAAUUUUCGUGAUUUUUUGGUGAUUAGAAAGGAAAUUUUUCAGGUGGAAUAAAUACUGAGAUGU